GGAAUUUGGAGAGUGCUGAAGUUUCCCCUGAUGGCAAGAGACAAGAAAAGUGAUAGAAGAUGCAAGGCUAUAUAAGUGUGGCGCGCGUAGAACUCGGUGAGAAUGGCACUUAACACUCAGAUCAGAACUAUGACUUUUCUCGUGUGUGAUGUCUUACAAGAUGGUGAAAUAGAUGUUUUCUUUGGGUAAAGCUAUUAAUUACGGCUUAAUGAGCACAAACCUGCGAUGUAGCACCCAGACUGCGGGAUAAAAUGAUAAUAAAUGAAAGCGGUCUGACGAACGGUUCUAUGCUGGCCUACCAAGGCACUACGCUGAAUCGCCCGCCGUGGAUUGCGACGACUUUGGGAUGCUUUCUGAUUUUCACCAUUGUCGUUGAUAUUUUGGGCAAUCUCCUUGUAAUUAUCUCCGUGUGCAGAAACAAAAAACUCAGAAACGCAGGAAAUGUGUUUGUGGUGAGCCUGGCAGUAGCAGACCUGGUGGUGGCCUUCUAUCCCUACCCUCUGGUCCUCACCUCUAUAAUACACAACGGCUGGAACCUGGGCUUCGUCCACUGCCAGGUCAGCGGCUUCCUCAUGGGCCUCAGCGUCAUCGGCUCCAUCUUCAACAUCACCGGCAUCGCCAUCAACCGCUACUGCUACAUAUGUCACAGUCUUAAAUACGACAGGCUAUACAGCAACAGCAACUCUGUGUGCCACGUCCUGCUCAUCUGGCUGCUGACCGUGGUGGCCCUGGUGCCCAACUUCUUUGUGGGCUCGCUGCAGUAUGACCCCCGAGUGUAUUCGUGUACUUUCGUCCAGUCGGCCAGUUCGGCCUACACCAUCGCCGUGGUCUUCUUCCACUUCAUCCUGCCCAUCAUGAUCGUCACCUACUGUUACCUGAGGAUUUGGAUUCUGGUCAUCCAGGUGAGGCGGAGGGUCAAGCCUGAGUUCAGGCCGAGGCUCACGCCGCACGACGUGAGGAACUUUGUCACGAUGUUCGUGGUGUUCGUCCUGUUCGCCGUGUGUUGGGCACCGCUGAACUUCAUUGGACUGGCCGUGGCCAUGAACCCUGCCGCGGUAAUACCCAUGAUUCCAGAGUGGCUGUUUGUUUUCAGCUACUUCAUGGCCUACUUCAACAGCUGCCUUAACGCCAUUGUCUAUGGGCUGCUCAACCAGAAUUUCAGGAGGGAGUACAAACGGAUAGUAGUCUCACUUUGCACUCCCAGAAUGUUCUUCUCUGACAGUUCCAACGAUGCUGUGGAGAGAGUCAAAAGUAAAGACAAGAGUAAGCCAUCCCAACUAAUAACUAACAACAACCAAGUGAAGGUAGACUCUGUGUGAGAGGUUAUAAUACUGAGAACACUGUGAAAGACAUACCAAAAACACUUAUUUACCGCUUCCAGACUGCAGCCGUGUUAAUGGUGUAUAGUCAUGUACUGAGAUGAAACCAGUGACACUUUUCCACAUCUUUCAGUCAAGGUGCAUUAGAGUAACUAUGUUCCUGUCUUACUGUUUACAAUGAUGAACUAUCAACGUAUGCUAUGUUUUUUGGGUUGACAAUGGAGAAUAUGAAAAAAUGUCAAAGCAUAGAACUUAAAGGUUUUCUGACAUUAUGCUAUAUCAGUGCUGCCCAACCCUGUCCCUGGAGGUCGACCAUCCUGCGGAUUUCCUCUACAAUCCUGGUUGUGACUAACCAAAUGUAGCUUUUUCCCUAGCUAAUUAUUUCAAUUAGGUGGGAUUAAUUAGGGUUGGGGAAAAAACAUUCACAAUGCUAGAUCUUCAGGAACAGUGUUGAACAGCCAUGUGCUAUAUGGACAAGUGUAAGGUACCUAUGUCUUAACCUGAAAAGUAACAUUCAGUAGUAACAAUUGUUACUUCUGACUACCAUGUUGAAGUUGUAAUACAUAACAUUUGUUGCUGAUGUAUAGUUCAGAAGAACCUCUUUAAAAGCGAUAUGUUUGUCAUUAGGUGUUUCACACAGUUCGUACUAUGUAACAUAAAAAUCUGUUCCACAGAUCUGCUGGGGUUCUCUCUUGGGUAUACUGUAUGCAGAGUAACUCCAAAUCAUUGAAAUAUGAUCAGUUGUUUGAACAGCAUUAACAAAUGUUUUACUAGUUGCUUGUAAAAAUUCAGAGCGCUGAAAUGUGAUACAGGUAAUAAGUGAAGAGGUAAUUUAAAAUAAAGAAAAAUGUAAUCUAACCAUA